AUCGAGAGGUCCGAGACCUUACAACAGCGGCAUCGUCGUCUGCAAAUCUCGAAGCGAAGAUGAAAAUUGUGGCGGCUUAUCUCCUAGCCGUCCUCGGCGGCAACCCCAACCCCUCCGCCGAUGAUAUCAUAUCCAUCCUUGAAUCAGGUCAAACUCUCUUCCCUCUCAGUUUCUUGCUUGUAGUGGGAGCGGAGGUAGAGGAUAAGAGGAUCAACCACUUCCUCGCGGAAGUCAAGGGCAAGGACAUAACGGAAGUCAUCGCUGCCGGCCGGGAGAAGUUCGCUUCCGUGCCCUCCGGUGGCUCUGUGGCUGCCAUCGGGGUCGCCGCCCCUGGUAGCGGCGGCGCGGGCAGCGCCCCAGCUGCAGAGGAGCCUAAGAAGGAGGAGAAGGUGGAGGAGAAGGAGGAAUCCGACGAGGAUAUGGGCUUUAGUUUGUUCGAUUAAUGGAGGUGGCU